UCUCCACUCCCACCACCACCCCUUGCCCCGUGUCUGCCUUAUCUUUCUCGCCUUCAAAAAAAAUAUGCACUCGUCAGCGUGGAGCUUGAGGUUAAAAUCUACAAUUUUGUUUGUGUAGUUUGGACUCGGAUUGUUUCUAAAGUUGUCUUUCAUUGUACCAGUCUAAGGCCUGACACUGAUUAUAACUAGAUCUAGUGCUCGACUACAAACAGAUUUUUAUAUUAAAAAAAUGGAUGCCACAGAAUUUCGCCAGGAGGGACGUGAAAUGGUUGAUUUCAUCUCGAACUACCUGGAAAAUAUCGGUGAUCGCCUGCCAAUGCCAAACGUUUUACCUGGUUACCUGAAGGACAUGCUUCCUGCUGAGGCACCAACGGAUGGGGAGUCGUGGGAGGCCGUUAAAAACGAUAUAGAAAGAGUCAUCAUGCCCGGUGUAACCCACUGGCAGAGCCCACACUUUCAUGCUUAUUUUCCCACUGGUAGCUCAUACCCAGCAAUUUUGGGAGAUAUGUUGUCAGAUGCCAUUGGAUGUCUUGGAUUUUCUUGGGCUGCAAGCCCUGCAUGCACUGAGUUAGAAGUGUCUAUGUUGGACUGGCUUGCUAAAAUGCUCAAUCUACCCAAACAGUUUCUCUUUAGUAAAGAAGGAAAUGGUGGUGGUGUAAUUCAGGGUACAGCAAGUGAGGCAACAUUAGUUGCUCUUCUGUCUGCAAGAACUACAACAAUAAACAAACUGCAAAAAGAAAACCCAAACCUAACACAAGGAUCAAUACUUGACAAGCUAAUUGCUUAUACAUCAGAUGAGUCCCAUUCAUCUGUCGAGAGAGCUGGACUCAUUGGCAUGGUUCAAAUACGUGCUUUGUCUUCAGAUGAAAAUGGUUCUCUGAGGGGUACAGUGCUGGAAUCUUCAAUUAAAGAAGACAAAGAAAAGGGGCUAAUCCCUUUUUUUCUGUGCGCAACUUUGGGUACCACAUCCACCUGUGCAUUCGAUAACCUCUCUGAACUUGGGCCUCUGUGUGAUAAGCAUGAUAUAUGGCUGCAUGUGGAUGCUGCUUAUGCUGGAAGUGCUUUUAUAUGUCCAGAGUUUAGGCAACCACUCAAUGGAGUUGAGUAUGCUACGUCUUUUAACUUCAAUCCUCACAAAUGGUUGCGUGUCAACUUUGAUUGUGCUGCAAUGUGGAUUAAAGAUGUAAAUCUUGUCAGUGGAGCCUUUGAAGUAAAUCCUCUAUACUUAAAGCAUGAAAACCAAGGAAACUCCAUGCCAGACUACAGGCACUGGCAGAUCCCAUUUGGUAGAAGAUUUAGAUCUCUCAAGCUGUGGUUUGUUCUUCGAAUGUUUGGUGUUAAAGGAUUACAAGAACAGAUUAGAAAGGAUGUAUCACUAGCUCAUCAGUUCAAAGCUCUGGUAGAAAGUGAUCAAAGAUUUGAAAUAGUAAGAAAAGUGACUCUUGGGCUCGUUUGCUUUCGGCAUAAAGGUUCUAACGAACUGAAUGAAGUACUGUUGAAGAAGAUAAAUAAUGAUCGCAGAAUCCACCUUGUUCCAUCAAAGAUUAAAGAGACAUAUUUUCUAAGAUUUGCUGUCUGUGCUAGUAGCACCAAGGCUUCAGAUGUCAAUUAUGCUUGGGCUGUUAUUAAAGAACUUUGUGAUAAUUUGUAGAUAAAAAACACAAAUGUUUAUGGUUGAUAAAGACACUAUGAAUUAAGAAAUAAAGUAAGCAUAUUG